AUGCAUUAUCCUCUGAAAAGCCCUCAUCUAUCUGUGUCACCUCAACGGCCAUCGAGUCUCCAUACCGGUAAUUCCACGCAAGAAGAUGUCAGAAAUGGAAAAGCAUGGGCAAAGACGGUAGAUGAGCCUUGGGAUCCGUUCAUUCUGUGCCUGGACGGUGGGGGAAUUCGGGGUUAUUCGAGUCUUCUCAUUCUGGAAAGCCUCAUGCAUGAAAUCGCUGUUUGGGAGGACCGGCUCGAAGCUGAAGAACACCCCGAAAAUGCUAGUCAACGACGAAUAUUCAAUAGCGCCGAGUUGCUUCCAUGCCAUUAUUUCGAUUUUAUGUAUGGAACGAGCACGGGAGGACUAAUAGCAACGAUGCUAGGAAGAUUAAGAAUGAGUGUCCCUCAAUGCAUGGAGAAAUAUCGCACCGUUGGAGAAGAGUUGUUUGGCCGCCACCGAAGCAGAUUCCCAUUGGCAACGAAAUAUCACCACCAACCCCUAGAAGAUGCCGUCAUCGAUAUUGUCCGAAAGCACUGUCCGAUUCAUAUUGAAGCGGAUUCUAGCGACGGUUCCGAGCCAAGACACGAACAUUCCUUUGACUUGGAAUCUAACGACAGACACCAGGAACGGAGAAUGGACCAUGGGGUUACGUGUCCGUCAAUCUGUCAUACAAUCUGCCUCACCGCUACCCAUAAUCAGCGCAUCGCCGAAGCAUAUCUCCUACGUACCUACGACCACCGCUACCAGGAUGACUGCCCCAGAUGGCUGACACGAUAUAACGAAGGAGCUGACCCUCUGUGCAUCUGGCAAGUUACACGAGCUACAUGCGCCGCGCCGUUUUAUUUCAAAGCUCUGGAAGCCGACAUCCGCGAUGAGGUCAAGGUGUUUAAAGACGGUGGUAUACGCGAGAACAAUCCAGCUGGGGCCGCCUGGAACGAGUUUGUCAGUAUCUACGGUCCAUUCCGCAACCCUGGGCUUUUGUUAUCGGUUGGGACUGGUCGACCAAACAUGGACCAAGAUGGCUUUGCUAGUACAUGGCCCGGACCGCUUGGAAAGUUGAAAAUGGUACGGAAAGGGACGGAGAAGUUUGCAGUUUUCAAGAACGUCCUGAUCAAAUACACGGAAGGCGAGGAAAAACACCGAACGAUGCUGAAACAAUCCAAAGGCGAAGGUGAGAAUACAUGGUACAAAAGACUGAACGUUAGUGAUGGUCUCCAGGGAAUGAAAUUGGAUAAUUGGAAACGAGGCUCGUGGACCGAUGCCUCUGGCACGACAAAGGUCAUCCCUGGUGGAGCCACCCUUACUCGGAUCAAGGCUGCCACGGACGCAUACCUGCACCGGGAUUUCGAUGAGCGGUUCGACACUUAUGCGCCACCUCAUGUGAUGAUUGAGCAGACGGCCGAGAAAAUGGUUCGCCAUCGAAGGGCUAGAGAACGAACACGCCACGUUAACGAGGAACGGUGGAGUACGUUUAUGGGACUGACUCUUAGGAGUAUGGAUGAGAAGAGCGGAGCGAACGGCCACCUUUCCAAUCCUGGAUGA